GACGUUGGCGUGACGUAUUCCCUAAUGGCGGUGCCCUUGUUACAAUGGGGGCCGCGAAUGAGCACUUGUUAGCCAACUUAUCGUGAACAACUGCGGAAUAUUAACACAGCGGACUGUUUUGGGUGAUCGACUGUGACGGCUACAUGUUAAAGUCCAGUGCAGCGGGUCCAUCCUCCGUUGCCUCUCCCCAGCCGAUGAAGGAAUCCAAGGAGAACUUCUCAAUGUCUGGCCAAGGAAUUCUGGACCACAUCAAACCAUGCUGGUACUGGGACAAGAAGGAUUUAGCCCACACCCCCUCCCAGUCUGAAGGCCUGGACCCUGGCACAGAGGCCCGGUACCGGAGGGAAGGAGCCCGCUUCAUAUUCGACGUUGGGACCAGACUUGGCCUACACUAUGACACUCUAGCAACUGGCAUCAUAUAUUUCCACCGCUUCUACAUGUUUCACUCCUUCAAGCAGUUUCCCAGAUAUGUGACGGGUGCUUGCUGUCUUUUCUUGGCCGGGAAAGUGGAGGAAACUCCAAAGAAGUGUAAAGACAUCAUCAAGACUGCCCGCAGCUUACUGAACGACGUGCAGUUUGCUCAGUUUGGAGAUGAUCCGAAGGAAGAGGUGAUGGUGUUGGAGAGAAUUUUGCUCCAGACUAUCAAAUUCGACCUGCAGGUGGAGCACCCUUACAUGUUCCUGCUGCGCUACGUCAAGCAGCUCAAAGGUGAGAAGAAUAAAGUGUGCAAGGUGCUACAGAUGGCGUGGACCUUUGUCAACGACAGCCUGUGCACCAUGCUGUCCCUGCAGUGGGAACCAGAGAUUAUCGCGGUGGCCGUCAUGUACCUGGCCGGCCGCCUCUGUAAGUUUGACAUCCAGGAGUGGACCGCCAAGCAGUCGUCACGCCGCUGGUGGGAGCAGUUUGUCCAGGACGUUCCAGUUGAGCUGCUCGAAGACAUUUGCCACCAGAUUCUGGACCUGUACUCUCAAGGAAACAAGCCCAUCCCUCAGCAGAUCCAGGAGAAGGAGCGGUCAUCCAAUCCUCCACUCCCAGCUCCUCCAGUCCCACUGGGACAACCACCAGCCUCUAACCCUCCUCCCCCACCACCGAAGAAGACUUCUCCUCAGGGUGGCAGCCCUGCACGGCAGCUCAAACGCUCACAUACAUCCCCAAAAGAUGAACCAAAGGCUCCAGAACAAGUUGGAUCAAAGAUUCCUCGACUGGAGAGCCCCAUGCCCCCUCUGCCAACAUCGCAGCCUCCCCCAGACCGCAAAGCCCCGCUUCCAGCUCCUCCCACGGAAGCAGAACCAGGAAGUGAAGCGGCCCCUCCUCCCCCGCACGCCCCACCUCCACAUCAGCAGCCCCCUCCGCUACCCCAUCGGCCUCCUCCGCCUCCGCCCUCCAACUACAUCAUGUCCACCACCAGCUCUUACAUGUCCGGUGAAGGCUUCCAGAGCCUGCAGUCAAUGAUGAAGACAGAAGGUCCCUCCUACGCCCCCAUGCCGCCCAGCUACGCACCCCCGAUACCGCCGUAUCACGUGUAUCCUCCGCCUGCAGCACCGCCUCCAGGCCCUCCACCUCCUCCCUCCAACUAUCCGCCACCCAACUUGCCGCCAACAUAUCCACCACCAGGCUACAACAGCUACCCUCCGCCGCCGCCACGCAUGCCGCCGGGCCACGUGCCCCCUCCAGGUUUAGGCCUCCCACCUGCUGGGUACCCUCCUCCACCCCCUGUGCCCCCAGGACAGUCACAGGUGCCCCUGCCCCCUCCGCCUGGCAUGCCCAUGAACCGUGGCGGGUGGAUGAGAUGAAGGCGUGACGGCGGUCUAUAAACUGAGUUAGUGCAGAGAGCCACAUCUGGGGAAACCAGGAAGCUGGGAUUGUGGUGCAAACUGAGAACCGAGGGAGAGCUUGUUCACCUCAAGUGCAGCUUUUUGUCGAUGAGGUUAAUGAGCAACAAAUAGACUUGAAAGGUAAAGUGAGGUGUGGACAGCGUUGCUAUGGGAACCUGAACUAAUCUUGUAACAAACGCUGUCCACUCAUCCUCAUUGUUCUGGAGACGAACCAGGAGAUAUUAUCACCCUGAGUUUUUUUUGUUUUUUUUUUCUAGGUUUCUCACACAUGCUCAGUGUCUGAUCGUGGGCAGAUGAAAUGUACAAGUAGAUAAAAAGUUGAGUCUUAUUUUUCUUUCCUGUGUUGUCUCACUGUGUGUUUUGAUUUUUGGCCUGAAUUUCCAUUGAAUCCAGUAUCCUGUUUCCUGCAAUCUGGCGUUCUGUUCUCCACAUUCCUGCUGUUUUUGCUGAAGACAGAGCAGAAUAAUAAUAAAAGCCUGAGAUGGUCGAACACGCAGUAGUGAAAUGUAAGAGGAACCAUCGCACGUGUGAAUAAACAUUCUGACCUUACACACAGAGGUCAUGUUACUAGAUGUUUUACAGUUAUCACACCAACAUGUAACAGCUGACAGUCAGAGGUUGUGUUUGUUCUCAUCUGAUCUUUUCAUUUAGCUUAUUUUUAUUUUUCAGUCUCUUUCCAUACGUGCCUUAGUCAGGCUUCUCUUUCCUGUAUCCUGCUCGCAAGCUUUGGUUUUUGUGUCUGAGUGGCACGUAGGACAAUAAACACCUGCUUUUCUUACUUUGAA